AUGGCACAAAACAAAUCCAUUUUCUCUUUGAUUUUUGUUGCACUCAUAGUUCUUAGUCAAACAUUUGAGUCCAUUGAGGGACGAUAUCUUAAGUCUAAUGAAGUUAAUCAAAGCCCCAUGAAGCAUAAUAAUGCUAAUAAUGACAAUGUUGUCCAUGGAAGCAUUUCAAUUUCAAAUGCAGAAAAACUUACAAGCAUGUCUCCACCAAGUGUGGUGGUUAAUGGCGCAACCGGCGAACCAUCUCCUCCUCCUACACCGGGUCGUGGCGUCAGCGAUUUUAGGCCUACAACUCCUGGCCAUAGUCCCGGUAUUGGACAUUCCAUUCACAACUAA